UCCAAAGCUUCUUGCAAGCACAUCCCACCUUCACAAAAAAGACCACAAGACACUUUCAGCGUGUCCAUGUUUUCCCUGUCAUCUUUAUACACAUAUCUGAUCAAACCCAAGACCUGCCUAAAGACCCAGCGAUAUCAUAAGGACGAAUUUCUACUGCAGUUUUAAAAGAAGACGCAGCGAGACUCACUGAGCAGAACCUAGUUUCUUGUCUCGUCAGCAUGUGCUUUGAAAUCAUCCAAUAAUUUCCAGAUUUGUUAUUUAAAGUAUCGGUCAUGUUCUUCACCUGACAAACCUUCCUAAUCUCUUCAGUGCAAGGACUCGACUGAAAUACGCAAGAGCGCAACUUGGACGUUUUUCUUUUUCAUUUUUUUUUCCAGAAGUUACCUACCGAUGCAUUGAAUUCGGACACAGACUGCUUGUUUUUGUUCUUAUCUAGUAGCAUUUUUUCGUUCCCUUGAGUUUUAAGCUGCAUUAUCAAGGCGAAACGGCGGCUUCAGUUGAUUAUCUUUCUUUUCUCUGCUAUCCUAUGGAUAUUCACUGCAAAGCAGACCCGUUCUCAUCGAUGCACCGGCACGGGGGUGUAAACCAGCUGGGAGGGGUGUUUGUGAAUGGCAGACCCCUACCUGAUGUGGUGAGGCAGAGAAUUGUCGAGCUCGCCCACCAGGGAGUGAGACCCUGUGACAUCUCCAGGCAACUAAGGGUCAGCCAUGGGUGCGUUAGCAAGAUCCUUGGCAGCUAUCAAAAGGAUUUCAGAAGGUACUAUGAGACAGGCAGCAUUAAACCCGGAGUUAUUGGGGGUUCCAAACCUAAAGUGGCGACCCCCAAAGUUGUGGAUAAAAUCGCAGAUUACAAACGCCAGAACCCCACCAUGUUCGCGUGGGAGAUCAGAGACAGGCUGCUGGCAGAAGGCGUCUGUGACAAUGACACUGUUCCCAGUGUGUCAUCCAUCAACAGGAUUAUUCGGACCAAAGUUCAACAGCCUUUCCACUCUUCCCCAGAUGGAACAGGGACACCACUCUCAACACCAGGCCACACCAUAGUACCAAGCACAGCCUCCCCGCCGGUAUCCAGUGCUUCAAAUGAUCCAGUUGGCUCUUACUCUAUCAACGGCAUUCUGGGUAUUCCUCGGUCGAAUGGCGAAAAGAGGAAACGAGACGAUGAUGGUACAGAUGGUUCUGGCCCAAACAGUGAAUCUCACGGUAGUGUGGACAGUUUACGGAAACACCUGAGGGCAGAUGCCUUUACUCAGCAACAGCUUGAGGCUUUGGAUCGGGUCUUUGAACGGCCUUCAUACCCUGACGUCUUCCCAGCCACUGAACACAUGAAACCUGAUCAGGCUAACGAGUAUUCUCUACCAGCACUGAACCCUGGGCUUGAUGACGUAAAGCCCAGUUUAUCAGCAAGCGCCAACCAAGACAUAGGCUCUAAUGUGUCACAAAGCUACCAAGUAGUGACAGAGUCCCAUUCAUCCUCCAUCUGUGUAAAGCAGGAGCCACACGAAGCGUCGCUGGCUCCUUUCACCCCCUCCUCCCUGGCAGGCUCAGGCCUAGCGGAGUUCCAGUAUUUCCAGCACACCGUGUCAAUAGACGCCUCCACCCCUUGCUACAGUGCAUAUACCCACCACAGCCCCAGCUACGGGCAGUAUGCAAGCCAACCUUUAAUAGCAGGUCGUGACAUGGCAGGUACCACCCUUCCUGGCUAUCCCCCCCAUGUACCACCGACUGGACAGGGCAGCUACCCCACCUCUACACUUGCUGGAAUGGUCCCUGGGAGUGAAUUUUCUGGGAACCCCUAUUCCCAUCCACAGUACACACCCUACAAUGAAGCCUGGCGGUUUAGCAACCCUGCAUUAUUAAGUUCCCCUUAUUAUUAUAGUGCAGCAUCUAGGGGCUCCGCACCUCCCACUGUUGCCACUGCCUAUGACCGCCACUAGUUACCACAGAAACCAAAUGAAACUGCAAGACGAUGGGUAUGGCCUCCAUAUUGUACCAGUCUGAUCGGCAUUAAAGUCAAAGGGAUGAAAGGCGACUCCAAACCAUCCAACUCUCUCUUACAUACAGUGUGAAGGAUGGACACCUAACAAUUUCACACACACACGCACACACACACACACUAAUUGACCUUUUGAACUGUAUACACCAAGUCCUAUGCUUCAAUCUACAAGAUUUUAAAAUUUCAAGAGGCUGAGGAAGAAUUAAAAAAAAAGACAAAACAUGGUGUACGGAAAGGACAAAGUAAAGACUGACAAGUGUUUAUUUUUUUGUUUAUUUGUUCUUGGAUCAAUACAUUCCUGUACUUGAUUGCUCCCUCCUCUUCUCCCAAAAGGACCAGCAUUUGAAAGCAGUAUAGUUGACUCUGAAGAAGCAUUUUCUUUUCCCAGACGCAUGGAAAAAGUGAACACUUACUCUUCCUUGUUAAUGGUGAACGAGAGGACGGUAUGAAGCUGUCUGCCAUUCAAGAAGAUUGCAACAGAGUAGGCUGCAGCUAUGGUGUUCCACUCCCUUUGUCAAUGCAUCCAAAAACAUUCUUGGAAUAAAAUAUAUACAUAUAUGCUUGACGAUGCCAUGAGAAGAUUAAGUGGACAUGUUUCCUGUGAUACACAAUCAGAUGUAAAAAUAAAUAAAUAAAAAAAACCAUGACACAUCUGGUCUUCUACCAACCAGAAAUUAAAUAAGUAAAUAAAUAUUCUUAAAUUAAGUUUUUUUUAAAAUUAUUAUUAUUAUUAUUAUUAUUAUUAUUAUUAUUAUUAUUAUUAUUAUUAUGAUGAUGAUGAUGAAGGUCUGUAUGAACAUUAGGGAUCAGUUCUUUUUUUCUUUUUUUUUUUUUUUUAAACCAAGGCAAAUGAUCUUGAAGAGAGUCCAUGCAAUACCUGAUCUUUGUUUUGUACUUAUUUUUGCACUAUUAUCUUAAGGUAUGAUGGUAUAUGAUAUAAACACUCAGAGUUCACUUGCAGUAACUACCUUUUCUGCAGCGGGGCAGUAUGGACAACCUUUAUUACAACAACAAAACAAAUGUGUGUGAAGCUUCAUUUUGUCAAUUGAUCAGAGCUGGCACUUAGGAAGCUAUUACAAGUUUACAAAUUCCAAACCUAUGCCAUUAUUUUGGUUACAUUUAUAGAAACAUGCUCUGUGCAUGACUGUAGAUAGCUAAGAAGUCAAACUUUUUUUUUUUUUUUUACACAGGCCUGUCCUGAAGCUUCUGUGACACUACCUGCCAUAUGCAGUUGCUUCAAAGCCUUAGUCCAAAUUUCUACUUUUGUUUUGGCAUAUAUUAGAAAUGGGGGAAAUAAAAAAAAACCCAUUCUUUAAAAAAAUAAUUGUAACAAUUUGCACUUAUAAAACGUAAACAUGUACAUGUUUUUUUUUGUGAAGACAUCCAUAGCUGAUAGUUGAACUUGAGAGACACAGUUUGUGGACAACCAUAUUCUCUUUGAAGCCUAGGCAGUUGUGACAAACAUAACUACUUUUAUUCAAAUACAUUCAGGCCAUAGGCUUCAAGCCAUGCCGAUGAUAAACACUUAAGGUAUGUAAAGAGGACUGCACAGUUUUUUCCUACCACUUUUUAAAUACAAUUUUAAGUUACACUGUAUAUGGAGACAUAUUGGUGGAUUUCUUUCUAAAUCAAACUGAUACCUUGAUCUACCAGUGAAGUUUGGUCAACAAUUUGUACUGAAAAUCACAGAACAUUUUACACCAUUUAGGAAAACAGAAGAUUUGUAUGCCUUACAGCUCUAUUUUCUAGUAGAAAUGCAUUCUUUAAAAACAUAUUCUACUUCAGAGAAUAGUAGUAAGUAACUAAAAAUAGUCUUUACCAGUUAAGAAUGUAGUCAAGAAGGAAACAACAGCAACUCUAACAUAAAAACUACUAUUUCAGUAUGAAGGAAUUGUCGACACAUACUGCUCCUAACAAAACUGGAAAGUGAAUGUACUUCUUACAACAUUUGCCAAAGACUUAGUUCUUGUUAAUAUUUUAUUUACAGUAUGUGUAUGCAUUGUAAAAGCAGUAUUAUAGUAAAAACAAACUAGUCAACACUGAAAAUGUAUGUGGUAAUAUUAUUCAGAGACAAAGAUCGUCAUUAUACAUAUUUAAACUCUGUAGACUGGAAAUGUAAACAAAAAGGUGAAUUCUAGCAAUUAUUUAAUGUUAUGUUAUUUGCAACAAAUUGCUGCUUUGUAGAAUGAUUUGUGUAUAAUGUGAAGACAAUUCUUCUCUGUAUAUAAGAUCACCUACAUCUUGACCAUUGCAGUAUCGUACUAAUUUACUGGUCCCAUCUGUAGAUAUUUCAACAAAAACAUUACAUCAUUUGUGUGUCUGAAGUCCUGUUGUGCUCUUUGAAAAAAAUAAAUUAAAAAAAUGAAGCACAGCAUGAACUUUGAACCUUGUGAACUGACAGUUCAAGGGUUUCAAGAUGCGGUCCAUCAUUACCUGUAAGGGGUUGCUUCAACAUUUUUUUUUACAUUUUUUUCUUUUUUUACAAAACCUUUUCUAAAAUCACUAUGCAAAUUAAGAAAAUGGCUUUCUUUAAUGUCUUCUUUUGCUGGACCCUACCAAGUCACAUAUUUUUUCACUUUUUUUUUAAAACUGUGAAAAAGCAGUUUCGGAUUGCGAACAUGAACAUAACACAGCAAAAAUACUGAUAAAAGUAUUUCUAUUAUCUGAUUCGAAAAACUGUUGUCACAACUCUUGUCUGAUCGUACUAUCCAUUCCACACUCAUUGUGAAGUGUUAUCAUGUUUUAACUGAGGUGUCAAGAGAGCCUUGGGAUUUGCAUUUCAGUAAAAGAAGCUUAUUUUUGUGACCAUUAAAAGUUAUAGUGACAGCAUCCCCCAACCUAUUUCAUUGUGGUCGUUUGCAUGCUUUUCACACUUGCAUACCCAGUGGAAUAAAAAUGACAAAUGACUAGCUUCCUGGACAAAGGCUGCAUUAAAAGCUUCUCAUGUAUUUUUUGUAUUUUAUUUUUUUGGUUGACAUUAUAUCUGAAUCAGAUGACCCUAUAAACCCUCCAAACGAAUGACAAACAAAAAAAAAAUGUCUGAUUGUGCAACGAUGCAUUGCACCUCCUUGCUCUGAAAGCAGAAAUGGUUCACAAUCACAUUGCAUUUGGGAUCUGAAUAUAAACUGCUGUAUUUCUAUGAUGCAACAGUUUGGUACUUUAUCAUACCACCUAUAACAAAAAAUGGAGACAUAAUAAAUAAGACUGCACAGCCGAUAAAAGAGGGACUGGGUCUCUUGUGAAGAUGACACAAGGAACAUGUCACAGAUCUAACAAGCAUUUUUGAUGGUCUAUAGCUAAAGCCACAUGGCUUCAAUCAUUGUUCUAGUUCUGUUCAGAUUUUUUGUGCACAUGAUAAAUAAAUUUUUGUAUGUCA